AUGUGUCAUGUCAAAGAGGCCAUCCGAAUUAUCAUGCAUUGCCUUGUCAUAUGUCGCAGUCUUGGUGGCACGCAGCCAAUUGAUCUGAAAGCCGUCGUCUCUGAGCUGUUCGAUGUCGAGUAUUUGAAGAUCAAUGACAGUCAAUUGGUGCAGGAAGUCGAACGCCUGGUUGAAAAGUUCUCGGAGAUCCUAGAGAACAAUUCCGACAAAUCAGGACGUGCGCAGCUGGUUUUCAACCUCUACACGGCGAAGAAUCGCAAGCAAAGCCUUUGGAACAUUCUCGUCGGCAGUGACGAGAAGAUUGUGUUCGAACAGUGGCGCAUCCCUGUAGCCAUGCAGCCUCUGAACAGGUAUCUCAAUCCUGCCGACAACCUUCGGGAAGAAGCGAAUCUGCAGGCAUCUGCUUCGCAGCAAGUCCAGCAGGUUCUCCACUAUGUGAUCGCUAGAGCCAAUGCCAAGGUGGAGCAUCUUCCUCCACCGGACAAGGAGCAGACGGCCUACAACUUUGAAGUGUCCUUUGUGUCCGGUGAGGGCAAGGAAAUCGGGACAGGGUCUCUGCUUCGACAAGGCCUGGGCUCCUCGCUCAGCCAAACCAUCCGCCAAAUGCCGCAGAACCCUCAGCUUGCUGCUGCGAAAUUGUAG